AUGGCCAGCGUGACCAAGCCUCUUGCUCUUUUCCGCAAGUCGGAGCCCUCCAAGCCCCUCCAUGCUCGAUGGGGCGACGUGGCUAUAUCUGUUCCUACUGAGGGCUCGUGGAAUCAAUAUGACAAUCCUCAUCGACCGGCCAAGGAACGACAGCCAUACGGGCCUGGUUUCAUUCCAGAUAUUUCCCCGUCUGGCCAGUCAACGAACCCACUCAGGGAGGAGGAGCUGGAAGAAGAUAAGAAGAGCGUGUCUUCUGAAAGAUCGUCUGGCUCCCGGCGCAACUCGCUUUCUCUGGGCGCGCUGCGACCCGGCCGACUCUCGGUACGCUUAGCAUCUCGCCCGAAGAAUCUGAGAGGGGAGACUCCAACUGAGCGAGAAAAUCUACGGAGUGAAAAGAGGAGAGCCGAAUUCGCAUACAAGCCGAUUCACCAGGAUUACCCGGCUGAAGUGAACGAGACUUCCAACCAGACGACUACUCGAUUCCGAUAUAUUCCCACCAACGGAAGCUACCUCGAGGACAUUCCAUCGCCACGAAGCCAGUCGGCGCAAUCAUUCCGCGAGCCUCGCUCUCGACGCGACUCGUUUUCUGAUCCCUUUGAAAGAGAUCGUGGUCGAGAGUCACCUAUCAGCAGAGCCUCGGAACGAGGCUAUCAUGUGGAAGAUGAUCGUCACAAUCUGCAAUCCAGCGUGGCCGAUGGGAAUGAUAGUCCCGGUCCGCGAUUGAGCAUCGGAUUGCCACCCAGACGACGGCCGUCGCCGUUUGUCUCGGCGGAUCGGAAACGAUCUUCGUCGUUGAAGCCGAUGACGAUGACGAUGGUUCCUGACCCGGAAGAACUUUAUGAGUGA